AUCUUCAGCUCCGGCACUUCUCUUUUGCGCCACUUGGGCCUCCUCCGCCAUGUGGGUUCGUCACCGCUUCGUGGUAUCCGUGAAGGAUGCCAAACCGGGAGACAGGGUCUUCGUAGUGGGAAGUGUCGGGCAGCUUGGACAUUGGAAGAUGCAUGGUGCUCGAGAGCUAAAGACACAACAGGGCUUGUUCCCCAAGUGGCAAGUUGAGGUGGAGAUGGAGCAAGCACCUUUCGAGUACAAGUAUGUCUGGCAGCAUGCUAAAGGUGGACACCUGGAGUGGGAGAACAUCACCAAUCGAAUUUAUUCUCUUCAGGGCCCUUUGGAAGUCGCCGAGUUCAACCGCAAUGAGAGCGUCACGCCUGCCGGCUCUUACGUGUGCUUCCACGGAUACUAUGCUCAUGCAGAGUGGGCCCAGCAAGAGUUUGCCAGCCUGAAGUUCGAGGUGUCGCAGCUGCGUGACACCAUGCAGAUGCAAGCCAAGGACACGGAGCAGUGGCGUACGCGCUACGAAGAGAAUGUGACGUGCUUGGAAAGACAGCGAGCACUCAUGGAAGAGGAGAAGGAAGAGCUGCGCAAACAGCUUGUGCGUCAGGCGCGCAGAAUUCAGGACCUCGAGCGAGAGCGAGACAUCCGCCAGGAGAAAGAGACUCAGCUUGAAACACGUGUGGUGUCCCUGCUGGAUCUAUUGCGAACUUGUCAGGCAGACUUGGAGGCACAGAAGAGGAGCACUGACCGCCUCCGGAGGGACCUGAGCGAUUUCCGGGCUUUGGUGCCGGAAGCAGAAGAGCUUAAGAUGGAGAUCAACGAGGCCUUGAUGCAGGACAUGCCCAAGAUAGUGGCAUCCCUUGUGGGCGAGAUGGGCUGCAAUGCUGCACAUACUCUUACUCAGACCAAUGCAGAACAGGAGGACGCAAAAGAGUACUCUGAUGCCACCCCCCCAUGAGCUCCAAGCUGCUCCCAGGCCUCCUCCUCCUGGGCCCUCUUUUGGUGCGAACUUGGAGCCGGAUCCCGCAACGAAUCCAACGGCAAGGAAGAAGGAGCCACAACAGCCUCCAACACUGGGCGAGCGUCGGCAGAUCAUCUUCGAUACACCCCCGCAUCCUGAGGAUGAGGAAGCUAGCAGACUGACCCAGAGAGCUGUGGAUGAGCUUAUGAGUCUAUGGAAAGGCAGCCAGGAGGAGAAGGCAAAGCUUCUGAAGAACAUCAAUUUGAGGUCAGCGCCGAAGACCAUUGCUCCACUCGAUUCGAGGAAUUGAAGGUCAACACCUACAUGCAGACAGCCUCUGUAGUGCCACUCGAAUUUCCUCCACACUGCUUUGGUGUCCCUGUGUUCAUGACACAAAAAGUGUCCCUGGUCUGCGUGUUCUCACAGGCUCCAUCCGGACAAGGGUGGAAGUGACGAAGCGAUGUGACUUGGUUCAGAGGUGCGGAUUCUCAUGACUGAUGCCCCAUGUGGUUGAGGGGUGCAACGCCGAAAUGGAACGCUUAGCUCCGGGCAACUUGCAAGUAGGAACCCUUAGAGAAGUCCAACAUCGAACUGUUGAAAGCAGAAGAAGAGUUGACUUUCUGUUGCCUUGGCCUGCCAAAGCAACUGAUCCGUUCAAUAGAAGCUCACUGUCCUGGUCCAGGGUGGGUCGUUCAUCCACGUGUCGUUUCUUGCACGCUGAAACAGCUCACCCAGCAUACCCACGUGGCAUGCCAAUGACAGUCUCUGAAUUCAGGAUUUGGUUUGAAGCCUGGAAAGCUCGCCACCGAGCAUGGUAUUUGCGAGGCCCUGUGCACACCCCGACUGGCUGCUGCAAGCAACAGCGGGCAGGUUGACAGAAGCUCUGAUGCCAGUGGGUGCCUAUUGCAGGGGCAUGAGACUUCCGGAGCAUGCAAUCUUUUAAGAAGCACAAGGGUCUCAACAUUUACGUUCAACUAUGAUCAACUAUGCUUGUGGCAAGCCAACUCACAAGCACACAAAUCCAAAGCAGCCAAAGGAUGGCUAGUUUCUCCCCUUCACAAGCCAAGAGUCUUGGUGUACAGACGCAGCGCGCGGCGAUUUUGUAACUUGAAGGGUUUGCCUUCCACCGCAAGAGCUGGUUGAAGAAACACACCAUGCUAGAGCGGUGCCAUGGGAAGCAAAGUGUGGCUUCCGAAAUGGUUUGUCCCCAAAUGAGAGAACGCAACCCAGUG